AUGACGAAGUUAGCACAGUGGCUCUGGGCACUGGCGCUCCUGGGCUCCGCCUGGGCGGCCCUGACCUUGGGGGCCCUGGAUCUGCCUCCUUCCUGCCGGGAGGUCCUGUGGCCACUGCCCGCCUACGUGCUGGUGUCCGCCGGCUGCUUUGCCCUGGCCACGGUGGGCUACCGCGUGGCCACUUUCCACGACUGCGAGGACGCCGCCCGCGAGCUGCAGAGCCAGAUCCAGGAGGCCAGAGCCGACUUAUCGCGCAGGGGGAUGCGCUUCUGA